ACAUUUUAAGGAUCCACUGUAGAGCUGCGCCAAAGGAAAAAACCCAAGUCUUCAGAAAAUAAGGAAUCUGCCAAAGAAGAGCAAAUCAAAGACACUCCAAUUCCUGAAAGAGCUCCCAAACAUGUUUUAUUUCAGCGCUUUGCAAAGGUUUUCAUUGGCUGCCUUGCAGCAGCUACUAGUGGUAUGAUGUACGCUCUCUACUUAUCAGCAUACCAUGAACGGAAAUUCUGGUUUUCCAACAGACAGGAACUUGAACGGGAAAUCACCUUUCAGGGUGACAGUGCCAUUUAUUACUCCUAUUACAAAGAUAUGUUAAAGGCGCCUUCAUUUGAAAGAGGUGUUUAUGAACUGACACACAAUAACAGAACUGUAUCUCUGAAGACCAUAAAUGCAGUGCAGCAAAUGUCACUAUAUCCUGAACUCAUCGCCAGCGUUUUAUAUCAAGCAACUGGCAGCAAUUUGAUUAUUGAACCAGUUUAUUUUUACAUUGGCAUUGUUUUUGGAUUACAAGGAGUUUACGUGACUGCUUUGUUUGCUACGAGCUGGCUUCUGAGUGGAACCUGGCUAGCAGGAAUGCUGACUGUUGCAUGGUUCAUCAUUAAUAGGGAAGACACAACGCGAAUUGAAUACUCCAUCCCUUUAAGAGAAAACUGGGCAUUACCAUAUUUUGCGUGUCAAGUUGCUGCACUUACAGGCUUUUUAAAAAGCAAUUUGAAUACAUAUGCAGAGAGGUUUUGCUACUUAUUGAUGAGUGCUUCCACGUACACUUUUCUGAUGAUGUGGGAGUACAGCCACUACCUCCUGUUUCUCCAAGCAAUAUCUCUAUUCCUGCUAGAUAGCUUUUCGUUGGAGCAAAGUGACAAGGUGUAUGAAGUUUAUAAAACCUAUUUAUUUUCUGUGUUUGUGGGAUAUUUGCUGCAGUUUGAGAAUCCAGCUUUGUUGGUGUCUCCUUUAUUGAGUUUAGUAGCAGCCUUAAUGCUUACUAAGUGCCUUCAGCUAAAUGUGAAGAAAGGAACUUUUGUAGCUAAAAUGAUGAAAGUGAUUAAUUUUUAUUUGAUUUGUACUGUGACAAUUACAUUCAAUAUCAUAAUGAAGAUGUUUGUCCCACACAAAGAAAAUGGACACAUGCUGAAAUUCCUUGAAGCAAAAUUUGGGCUAAAUAUGACUAAGAAUUUUACAAUGAAUUGGCUCCUUUGUCAAGAAUCCCUGCAGGCCCCAUCUCAAGAUUUUUUUUUGCGAUUGACACAGUCUUCUCUAUUACCUUUCUAUAUUUUAGUAUUAAUUAUUUGUUUUCUUUCUAUGUUGCAAAUUAUUUUUAGAAGAAUUAAUGGUAAGUCAGUGAAAGAAGCGGGUUCUCUCGAAGAUGGACGGAUUGGAGGAAGGCCAGAAAUAAUUUAUCAUGUCAUUCAUACUAUUUUAUUGGGUUCUCUUGCAAUGGUUAUAGAAGGCUUAAAGUACCUCUGGACUCCAUAUGUGUGCAUGCUAGCAGCAUUUGGUGUCUGUUCUCCAGAACUUUGGAUGACCCUCUUCAAAUGGCUUCGAUUAAGGACUAUACAUCCAAUACUGUUGGCUCUUAUUCUGAGCAUGGCUGUGCCUACUAUAAUAGGUUUUAGCUUAUGGAAGGAGUUUUUUCCAAGAUUAAUGACAGAAUUAUCGGAACUACAGGAAUUCUAUGAUCCAGAUACAGUGGAACUUAUGACUUGGAUAAAAAGACAAGCUCCAGUCGCAGCGGUGUUUGCAGGGAGUCCACAGUUAAUGGGUGCGAUUAAAUUAUGCACCGGAUGGAUGGUGACAAGCUUGCCUGUGUACAACGAUGAUGAUCUUCUCAAGAGGAAUGAAAAUAUCUAUCAAAUCUACUCAAAGCGAUCUGCAGAGGAUAUUUAUAAAAUACUGACAUCGUACAAAGCUAAUUACCUAAUUGUAGAGGAUUCUAUCUGCAAUGAGGUGGGAACCAUGAGAGGGUGUAGAGUUAAAGAUUUAUUAGACAUCGCAAAUGGGCACAUACUCCAACGUUGGAAGAAAAGCGCACCUGAGACAGCUUUUAAGGGAGCCGUCUCCCAUAGCAACCUGGAGGCGUGGUCGGCGGAGAGGCCCGGCGGCGGUUGCAGGGAGGCGGAGCCGGGGCGUCCGAGCUGGCGGCGCUACGUCGCCAUUUUGAGCUGA